AUGGCUGCGUUGGGGGACAAGGUGCUGGACGGUUACAUGUAUCCGCCGUGGGCCGCCUACUCGUACCCGUGCUCCUACCUACCCGCCGCCAAGGCGAAGGGCUUGGCAGGCGGGGGCGGCUGGCGGCACCGCCGCGGGGACUACCCUCCCGCGUCGCCCUCGGCCGCGGCGGCCCCGUCGUCCUUCCCGGGCUACGGGCAGCUGAUGGCCGCCGAGUACUUCGACAGCUACCAGAAGGCGCAGCUCAUGGCGCUGCUGUCGCAGGCGAGCUCCGGCCUGGCCCCGCGGCCCCGCAGGGCGGGCAGCCGGGACGCGGCCGUGCAGGUGAACCCGCGCCGCGACGUCUCGGUGCAGUGCUCGCUGGGGCGGCGCACGCUGCCGCGCAGGCUCCGCGACCCCGGCCCCCCGGCCGGCUCCGGCCCCGAGGGCGCGGCUGGCGAGCCAGGGCCGCCCCCGCCGAAGUCCCGAGGCCCGGAGCAGGAAGAGGGGUCGGCGAGGCAGGCGCCCCAACCGCCGCCGCCUGAGGAGGAGGGGGCCGAGGACCGGGCCGCGGUGCGGGCGAGCUGGGAGCCGCCGGGGGACGGAGCAGGGCUGCCGCCGCGGGAGGCCCGGGAAGGCGAGGGGGCCGCGCGGCGCGCGCCCAGGAGCCCGGAGCCGCCGCCGCCGGAGGGAAGCGCCCAGGACGACAAGGGCGACAGGUCGCCGCGGAGCCCUGAGCCGGCCAAGGAGCGCCUGCGUUUCCAGUUCUUGGAGCAGAAAUAUGGCUAUUAUCACUGCAAGGAGUGUAACAUCCGAUGGGAAAGUGCUUAUGUGUGGUGUGUACAGGGCACAAACAAGGUUUACUUCAAGCAGUUUUGCAGAACUUGUCAGAAGUCUUACAACCCUUACCGAGUGGAGGAUAUUACCUGUCAAAGUUGUAAACAGACUAGAUGCUCCUGCUCAGUAAAACUUCGCCACGUUGACCCUAAACGACCCCAUCGUCAAGACUUGUGUGGGAGAUGCAAAGGCAAACGCCUGUCCUGUGACAGCACUUUCAGCUUCAAAUAUAUCAUUUAA